UACUUACAAGAUGGCUGACGACGAUUUGCCCCGGGAGUACGAUGCGAUUGUUUUGGGCACAGGACUGACAGAAUGUGUUAUAGCAGCAGCUCUUGCAAGAAUUGGCUUCAGAGUUCUACACUUGGACAGAAAUGAUUACUAUAGCAGUGAGUGGGCAGUAUUUAACUUUGAUGGCAUGCAGAGAUGGAUAAAACAGGAACAGCAUUGGAAAAAGAGGCCCCAUUCUCAAGUGAACUAUAUCAAGAAUUGCUGGAAGAUGGAGAAGUAUUAAUUCCAUUACCUCAGCAUGGGACGGGUACUUCUAAUGUAGUUGAAAAAGUUUUUAUGAAGGAGGCUCCUGCAGACAUUGUUGAAGUAGAAGAUAAGACAAGUAAACUUUCUUUGGCAUCAGAGGCCGCACCAAAUAUUACUUCCCAGGAAACCACUGAAUCAUCAGAAAUAGACAGUCAGAAUGUCGACAAUUUGCUACAGGACAGUGACAAGAGAUUUGAGGAAUCAGUGGUGUCAGAAACAGUUUCUCAAGGUGAUCAUUCCACUCAAAGUCAAGGUAAAGAUCAACCUUUGACAGAGAGUGAAGAACAAAGUGAAAAUGCAAAAAUAGGACAAGAAAAAAAUGAAGAAAAUUCUGUAGAUGUUGCUGAAUCUACAGGGAAAGUGGAAGAACAACAAAAAUCAGACAAAACUGAACCAAAUUAUGACAAUGUAGAAUUUGUUGUGCAGGAGAGUGAUCAUAAGGCUCAAGGUGCUGGGGUCAAGGUGGCCGAGAAGGAACCUAAAAAGCCAGACAAAGUCAGAGAGUGGACAUUAUCAGAGCUGAAGAAAGAGUGGAGAAGAUUCAAUUUAGACUUGGCUCCAAAGAUGCUUUACUCUAGAGGAUCACUUGUUGAGCUGCUGAUAUCAUCUGACAUAGCAAAGUACUGUGAAUUUAAGACUGUGACUAGGAUUCUAACUCAUCUGAAUGGGAAAGUGGAGCAGGUUCCUUGCUCCAGAGCUGAUGUUUUUGGCAGCAAAGCAGUGACCAUGGUGGAAAAAAGAAUGCUUAUGAAAUUCCUUACCUUCUGUAUGGAAUAUGAAAAGCAUGCAGAGGACUAUCAAGAGUAUCAGGAAAAACCAUACACAGAGUUUUUAAAAUCCAAAAAGCUGUCAGCCACAGUUCAGCACUACAUUUGUCAGGCCAUUGCAAUGUCCACUGACAAAACAAACACCAUAGAGGGUUUAAGAAGAACAAAGCGCUUCCUUCAGUCUAUUGGACGGUAUGGCAAUACUCCCUUUCUUUGGCCUCUAUAUGGCAGCGGAGAGCUUCCACAGUGUUUCUGCAGGAUGUGUGCAGUGUUUGGUGGAACCUAUAUCUUGAGAAGGACUGCCAGAGCAUUGAUCAUGGGCAAAGACAAUAAAUGUGUGGGCAUUAUAGACACAGAGGGUCUAAGAAUGAAGUGCAAUUGGGUUAUAAUGGAAGGAGGCCUUGCAUCAGAAGCAUUGUUGCCAGAAAAUUCUAGGAACAGGAAAAGUUCUAGGGGGAUUUACAUCACUGACAAAUCUUUGUGCACAGAUGAUCAAGAUCAGAUUACUCUGAUGCAUCUACCACCAGCUAAUGGCCAGACAGAUCCUAUCACUGUCAUGGAGCUGAGCCCUGCUACAUAUGCCUGUCCCAAGGGACUUCAUGUGGUGCAUUUGACUUGUCAAGGUUGUAAUUCAGCUGAAGAAGACCUUAAGCCAGCUGAAGAUCUCCUCUUCAAGCCUGUUGAACAAGUAGAGCCAGAGCCUACAGAUACCAGGCCCAGAGUGCUGUGGUCACUACACCUGAACCAGAUGGACAACACUGGAUGUGAUUUGAAUGAGAAAACCCCAGAGAAUGUGGUCCUGGUGGCUGGACCUGGGGCAUCACUGGAUUUUGAGCAUUCCAUUCUAGAGGCAAGACAAGUCUUUGAAAAAAUAUGCCCAGGGGAAGAGUUCCUCCCAAAAGCCCCCAAUCCUGAAGACAUAAUAUUUGAUGAUGGCCAAGAGGCAGCUAAUGGAGACAGUGGCUUUGAAGCUGAUGUGAAUGAUGAAGGUGCUGACCAAGAAGAAGGUCACUCUCAGGACACGGACAGUGAGGUGGACGCUGGGGUGGCUGAAGAAGGGUCAGAGUGGUCUUAGUUAAUGAAGCAAGUGGUCACCAGUGGAAUUAACUUAAGAGUUUAUUCAGCCAUUAAUAUACAAAUUAAAAAUGCACAUAUAAUGGAAAUUGGAUUGCUGUUUGGGUAAAAUGUUUGAAAUUUCAAGGUUGCAACAUGCUUGCUAAAAUUCUAUUUUGUUUUUUUUUUUGUUAAAAUGAGAAACAGCAGAUGGAUAAAACUCUUUAAAAAUCUUUUGGGUUUCUUGAAGGUUAAAAGUUUACAGUUCUAAUUUGUGAUGGUGGAUGUUUGUAGAGGAUCCUGGAGUGGAGCCUUUUGAAAUCUAAUGUUUUAUCAGUCUAGUCUGGACUUGCUUAUCAGUCAUGUGGUUCCUUGUUAUGUAAUGAAUUCUGGCAAAGCUCGAA